AUGUAUUCCAACUAUGGUUUGUUUGUUUUAAUGUCCUCAGCGAAGUCCUACGUCCUACCUAUAAAACUGACAUGCGACGACCAUCUAACAGGAGGCAUCGUCAUCAACGGUAUCUCUUUGUUUAAAUUGAAACGAACCGUCGAGGCAAAUCACGUGUUUCCAGGAAUUCACAGCGAAUCUCAAACCGAGUGCCAACACACUUUCCACCCAGUGAAAGGGACCCAUCCUGCAGAAUGCUUGCUGAGCUUUUCAGGGCGAAAGCUCCCUUCUGAUGUAAUGAUUGUCGCGGUGUAUCGAUGUGUAACAACCGGUGAUCCGCAGAGACAAAUAGUUCGCACAAGCGCAUCGGAAACAGGAGAUGUGGUGUUAAGAUGUGGAUUUAAUGGAAUGAUAGACAUUCUUAACAUCAAAAUUAACGCAACAGCUUUAAAUGACCAGGAUAAAGAAACUAUGAAGCAACAGUGUGCAAUGAAAAUGCUCCAAGCCCCUCAACAGAGCCCAGGCCCCAAGCGCUCAGUGUUUUGCACUGUGUCGAGGCAGGGAAGGACAGGAGAACUGAGUGUUAAAUACCAGUGUUUGCACGAACCAGAGAAGGCUAAUGGUCAAAGCUUUUAUCACAGAACAGGCGCAGGAUUAUUGAUGAGGAGACAACUUCGCCACUUUUCUAAGCCAGAUACGUAUCGAAAGUACAAAUCGCGGAGUUAAAGGAUGAUAUUAGACAUAGCAAUGUUGAUAUUUUUUAUCCUGGUGAAAGGAACUGGCGUAUAGGAAAUCUGACGCAAGCGUACGGCCGGCACAUAAAUAUUACAGAGUGGAGGAGUUGUAAGAACCCCAUAUAGUAAAUAUUCCUACAUAUUUAAUUUUUUUUCAAGUUUAAAUUCAAAAGUAGAGAUGGGAUGGCUACGCUUUCUUCAGAGCGCGCAGUUAUUCAUUGAUUCCUGCUGUUUAGAAAAAAAAGUCAUUAUAUCGUUGCCUGUGUUACAGUCAAACCAAGUGAAGCGUA